AAAACCAAUUGCAUAUUAACUAAACUAGAAUCGUAGCUUUUGUCAAAUGAUGAAUUCAUUGACCAGCUAAAAUACUGUGUCUAAGUUGUCAACAAACAAAACACAAAAAUAAAACCCAUGAGCCUUGGAACCCUAAAAAUUGUGAAAGGUAACACCAAAAAUCCUCCUUCAAAGCUUUCUUUCUCUGACUUGUUAAGGUUUAUUCUGAAGAAAAAAGCAUAGUUUUAUGACAAGAAGAAGCUUCACCGAUUUUUUUCUCCGAGGAAAUAAACCCAGGAAUCUCCAUGGCCGCAGAAGCCGCCGCCACCACCACCAAAUUCCAAAAUCCUGAUUUCCGCGCCGAUUUUCAUCCCGAUAUCGCGGUAAUGGCCCACGACGGCCUCCAUUUUUGGCAGUUCAUGAUCGCUGGUUCCAUUGCGGGUUCAGUCGAGCACAUGGCCAUGUUUCCAGUCGACACAAUCAAGACCCACAUGCAGGCUCUCGGUUCUUGCCCCAUUAAAUCUGUCAGUGUCACCCACGCUGUCCGUUCUAUACUCCAAUCUGAAGGUCCUAGUGCCUUGUACCGUGGUAUUGCCGCCAUGGGUCUCGGCGCCGGUCCCGCCCAUGCAGUGUAUUUCUCGGUUUACGAAGUCUGUAAGAAGUAUUUAUCUGGUAGCAAUCCAAACAAUUCAAUAGCUCACGCUGUAUCUGGUGUUUGUGCUACGGUGUGCAGUGAUGCUGUUUUUACGCCGAUGGAUAUGGUGAAGCAGAGAUUACAAUUGGGGAAUAAUACUUAUAAGGGGGUAUGGGAUUGUGUGAAGAGGGUUUUGAGAGAAGAGGGUUUUGGUGCGUUUUAUGCAUCUUAUAGGACUACUGUUUUGAUGAAUGCUCCGUUUACAGCUGUGCAUUUUGCAACUUAUGAGGCUACGAAAAGGGGAUUGAUGGAGAUUUCUCCUGAGAGUGCUAAUGAUGAGCGGUUGGUUGUUCAUGCCACUGCUGGAGCUGCUGCUGGAGCACUUGCAGCUUCUGUCACUACUCCACUUGAUGUAGUUAAAACUCAAUUGCAGUGUCAGGGUGUUUGUGGGUGUGAUAGAUUUAAAACUGGUUCAAUUGGUCAUGUGAUUCGGACAAUAGUUAAAAAGGAUGGUUACAGAGGGCUUAUGAGGGGUUGGAUUCCGAGGAUGCUUUUCCAUGCACCCGCUGCUGCAAUCUGCUGGUCUACAUAUGAAGCCUCAAAAGCAUACUUUCAGGAACUUAACGGUAACACUAACAGUGGCACGGUUACCUGAAUAACAUGCAAAGAAGUGGGCAGUGGCAUUUGUAAUUUUCAUGUGCCUCACUAAUAAUGCUGUACAAGUAACAAGAAGUUUGCUUCACAAGAGGGAUGGUAAGCAAGGCAAAUGCACAAUCUUUUUCUGGUAUCAUCCCAUUCUAUUUAUUAGGCAUUAGUAGUCAAAUUGAUUGGUCAGAUAGAAUUAACUGUGUCGUACACAUUGUUGUCCAACAAUUUUAUAAGCGCAUUAUGUUGUUUUUCUUUAUCAAAUUGUGGGUUGCACAAAACCCCCCAUUAAUGCUGUGCAAUAUUUUUUUUCUUGGGAAGAAAUUUUUGGCUUUAUAAUGAUGGGGGGUUUUGAAUUGCAGCAAAAAGUUAUUAUUUUUGCUGGAUAUUUGAUAAUUAGUUGUUAUUUGUUUUUGCUAAUUGUUCAUUCUUGUCAUGGAUUUUUCAUUUAAUCGAACUUCUGACUGUCUUGUGAUCCUCUCAA